GCACUUUGUUAACAUUUUACACACUUGAAGGGCAUCUGCUCUUUGCCUUGUCUAAUAAAACAAGUUAAGAUAAUAUUGUAAAAACCUUUUUUUGUGCACAGCCAUCUGUCUCUUCAUUCCUUUAAAUAAAAGUAGACAACUUAAAGUGCACUGAAGAGAAGUAUAUCCAAAAAGUUUCUGCCGAUUAAGUGCAUAAAGCAUGGCACUGAUGAAUGAAAUUAAGAUUGUAUUUUUCUUCUCAGAGGUUGUUUGGUGGAUGAAACGUAUCUCUCAGAUCUUUCUGUAUUUCCACGGCUGAUCGAACCUUCGUGCUGCAGUUGUUUGCAUGAAUUCCCUGUGGGAUUACUUAUAAAAAGCUGUAAAUAUGCAAAGCAGAUUAAUUAGUUUCCAAGGUCACUUGAAGAGAAAAGGUUAUGUGUAUUAUUAAGUCAGCGAUGUAUUUCUUGAGUGCGUUUUCCCUGUGGACGAGUGUGUAUCUGCUGAAGGUUUUAUUGAUAUUUACUCAGGAGCUAACAAGGGUCUGUGCAGAGCUUCAUUUGGCCAAAAACUAUUUCCUGUUUAAUCCUGAACCCUUACAAAGAACAGUAAGGGAUUGGAGUUGUUAGAGCAUCUUAGUUCUGGUGGCUUUAACCAGAGAGUGUGUGAAUGUUUGAACUUGUGUGUUUAUGAGUGUGUAAGUGCAGCAGCUGAAAGUCCACAGUUCAUUUGAAUCUGUCCUGAAAGCUACAAACCUUCAGACUCAGCGUGCUGACUCAAGACAGGGCUUAUUAGCUCUAAUCCGUGCAGCCCUCUGUGUCUGUGUUAUCAAACAGGAUUAGACUGAUACCUGCGUGUCGCUUUACAGUCAAUACACACACUUGAAUUUAACUUUAAACAUCCACAAGUCAAAUAAUCCAGCUGUGAUGGCUGAGCCUCCUAAAAGAACAGGAACCGAUACAUAUUUAAUGUCAUUAUCCUCAAUUUUAUUAUUUUUAACAGUGUUACCCUGCCCUUAUGUCUGAAAAAAUGCAGCAGAAGCGCCCUCUCAGAUCCUCCUGGAGUAAACAAAAUGUUAUAAAUUGCCCUGCCUGCUGACCUCUCUGUGAAAAAUGCAUGAAAAACUGUUUAAGUAACCCCUCUUCUGAAGGAUGAAACUUGACAAAGUGUCUUCUGGAUGUUCUUCCAGGAAAUUUAAAGUAAAGCAUACACAUCUGAAUGUUAUUUUAGUAAAUUUAAGGUAAUCAGCUUAUUUCAAUUCAUUUGAGGGUUUAAAAAUGCCCCGUUGAUUUCCCUCUGGUGUUAUGAAACCUGAAAAAGUGCCCUCUGGAUGCUCUUCUGGCAUAUAAAUCUAAAAAUAGUGCAAUCUCAAUACCCUCCCUGUGGAUGAAUGUAAAAUUAAGUGCCCUCUCAAAGCCCUUCCAGUUGUUAAACUCUAUAAAAAGUACCCUCUGUGUCUUCAGUGGAUAAAUGUGAAAAUAGUGCCCUACAGAUGGGCUUCAAUAUUGGAUUUAAAACGUGAUUGUCUUUCAGUGUGUAAAACAUAAAGAAUAUUUCUCUGCUUGUCCCACCAGGAUAAAGAUUGUUAAAAAGAAAAUACUGAGCCCACUGGAUGCCCUAGUUUAAGGUUGAAAAAGUACCCUCUGGAUGCUUUGCCAGUAAAUUUAGGGUAAAGCUCUUCCUCUUGAUGAUUUGACAGUGAAUUUAAGGCUUAAAAAAUUGGCUGCUGGAUGCUCUUCCAAUAAAUGUAAUAAAUAAAUUUGAGGUGUAAAGCUGAACCAUCUGGAUGCCCUUCCAGUUUGACUGUGAGAAAGUGCCCUUUGAAUGUUUUUACUGUAAACCUAAGGCAUGAAGGUGCCAUCUGGAUGCCUUUCCAUUUAUCUAAAUUUGUUCCAGUGGGUACAACAUAAAACCGUACGACAUAGGAACUUUGACCUGCGUUGGCCUUCAAUGAUCUUGCCGUUUGCAGCACAACUUAGACAACUACUAAAGAUAAUGCUCAGCUAGUUUUUGAUCUACAGCAUGAUCUCCUGAAUUUCACCAACGUCGUCAAAUGUCUUUAUCCUUUAGCCUCAAAUAUUUUUCUUUAUACAGCCAAAUAUCUGCAGUCAGACACACUUAAACCUCCUACCUCCUCCUUCAGCAGCUCUGCUCAGCAGUGUUUAACUACCUUAUAUGACUGUGAUCAAGUGAAUGGGAUACAACCCACUUAAAUGGACCAUUAAGGAGAAUUAGGCACAUCAUAAUCAGAAGAUACGGCAGCACAUUACACCGUAUGGCUGAUUAAUUUCUCACAUGUGGCUGCAGAAUAAAAGACACUGAUCUAUAAGCCUGUCGAGUAAUUACCAAAAAACGCUGAAUUAUCCCAUUAAUUAGCUUAUUCUGCAAUAAAAUAUUCACUAAAAGUUAAUGAUAUAGCCAAGCUGAAGCAUUCAUAUGGAAUAUGCAAGCACUGCUCUCUGGUGGACUGAGCAGCUCAUUGCAUGCAUUAGCUGCUUUCAUGAUAUCACUGCUGCAAGACUGGGAGAUGCAUUUGAAACAGAUGAAAGCAGUAAUGAGAUCAGACAGGAGCUUUAGUGUUUACUGAGUACAAGAAGCAGUUACAGGGGAGCGGAGUUCAGGGUCUCUCUGGAGAGCCUAAUCAUGUUUAAGAGUGAGCUCAUGUUCAGAUCGAUGGCCACACUCUUGACACUUGUGUUUGCAAAAGAGCACACAAAGACACAGCUGUAAUAUCAGGGUGAUUUAGUGGAGGCAGGGGUGUUACAUUGCAGAAACGUCCCCAAAGCUGAAGGUUUUAAAUCCCUCAAAAUCCCCAAACUUCUGCAAGAUUUGCUCCACUUUCUGUAGCCCAAUUACACCACACAGAUUCCAUCGAUCCUAUGUUCAGCCGGACGAAACUACAACUUGCAGAUAAUUGCUGCGGGGCACUUUGGGAUCAAUGCUCGCCUACGUAUCAGCCUGUAUUGGAAAGUCUGUGUAUGGGUGAUUGCCUGCACCAUCAAUCCGGCUGUAACAAACACAGAGUCAUUUCCUAGCUGCUGCCCUGCCCUGCUCCUCUUUGUGUGGAAAGAGUACGAUCCAAUUCCUCCGCUCAUUCUCCACACUUUGGAUAUUUCAGGCUUUUCACUUGUUUGUAGAAGUUUCUGGGAUAGUUUUACAGACUCAUGGAGGCGUCUGGCUGAGCGGUUUGGAGGUCUUUAUGGAUAACCUCUGGGGGACAGGAAGGCUCGCCCUGGAUGCAAUAUCAGGACGGAGCUGCUGGGAUAGUAGAUGAUGGUAAAAGGAUGGUGGUCAGAGGGAUCUCUCCUUGAGGAGGUGGGGAUAGGAUAGGAUGGGUGGGUGGAUGUUGUUGAGCACUGUUUUGUCUGGGCGGACAGUUUGGAAGCUUCUCCCUCAGAUUUCUGGAUGUUUUUUGGACGGUUAAAGAGAUUUUAACUUCCUGUUGAUUCCGCAGAAAAACAGAAACUUGAUCCAGAUUUGAAGGUGGGUGUUUGCUCCUUAUUUUCCAGUACAGACAGAUAAUUGUCAUGUGCUUUUCUGGCCUUCUUUGAUAGAAAACAUGUCACUCUAUUGGGGUAAUGUUCAAAUAGCUACAGAUGUAAAGAUUAUUUAUUCGGGAAUAUGUUUGUUCUUUUAAUUUCUUUAUCAUGGAAAAGUGGCCUGCUGUAUGCUAAUGCAUAAUACUUGCUUGCAUUCGCUCAAUUCUGGAUCCAUCUUUUUGUCAUUUUUUCCAUGCACUCUUGCAACAUUACACAACUCAUCAAAAACAUUACAUAAAUAUCUCUAUUGAUUAAUUUGAACCAUGAUUCACUCUUUAAUGUAGCUGCUUUUACCAUGCUGUCUCACUGUCAUUGGGUAUAGUUGUAUUUUUCUCUGUUUUAAAACAUACAACCACUUGGUUGAAAGGGCUUUUGGCCUGCCGUCACCUGUUUCCACUAACAGUUUGGGGACUCUGAUAAGAACUGAUAAUACCUGGAGUUUCUGAUGCAAGGAAGUGCAACUCCUUACAGAUGGAUGGAAAUCUGAUAGAAACUAGCUGUAGCCAUAUGGGAGAGGCUGAUUUCAUCUUAUAAUUGAUAGGUAUGUUUGUAUUUCAUAUCUAAGUGAUGAAGACAACCAAUAUGUACCAAUUUCAUGAGUGCAGUGUUGAUUUGUAAAAUUUUGAUCAAAACAAACAGCAGGGUGAACAUCUUCCAACUAAUGAGGUUAAUUUACAACAGGUUAGUAACGUGACUGGGUAUAAAAAGGACAUUCAGAGAGGCUGAGUCUCUCACAUGGAAAGAUAGGAAGAGGUUCAUCACUCUGUGAGAGACUGUGUGAGCAAAUAGUUCAACAAUUUCAGAGUAAAAUGUAAACAAAUGUGGGUAGUUCAUUCAUAAUAUCAUUAAAAGAUUCAGAGACCUAAAGUAAUUUCUGUACACAAAGGACUAAAGCCAACACCGAAUGGGCCUGAUCUUCAGGCCCUCAGGCAGUAAUGCAUUAAAAGCAGAUAUGACUCUGAAGUGGAAGGCACCGCAUGGGCUAAAAAUCACCUCUAAAAACUAUUGUCUGUGAUCACAGUUCAUCACUGCAUCCACAAAUGGCUAAAACUGCACCAUGCAAAGCGGAAACCAGAUAUAAACAUGAUCUAAGAAAUGGCUAUUUUCAGUUUUCCUACAAAUCAUAAGUUGAUAUUCAAGUUCUUUGUUCUACAUAGGUGAUGGACCACCUAGCUUGUUAUCAGCUCCCAGUUUGAAGCCAGCAUCCCUGAUGAUAUGGGUAGCAUAAGUGUACAUGGCAUAGUUAGCUUACAUAGCUAUGAUUAAAGGCUCCAUUAAUGCUGAAAAAUAUACUGUACACACAGGUUAAAAAGCAAUAUAUGCUGCAUUUCAGCAAGACAAUGACAAACCACAUUGCAACAGCAUGGCUCUGAAGUAGAAGAGUCCUGCUGCUAAACUGGCCUGCCUGCAGUCCUGUCUUGACACCCAUUGAAAAUAGUUGUUAAGAGUAACGCUACUACACUGGUCUUUCGUACACGCUAUGUUUGUGUAUUAGUCACUUGCCUCUUAGAAACCCAUCUGCAGGGUUAUAACAUCAUAGAACCUCUCUGUCCGUGAUUUCAGAUACCAUCUACUUUUUAGAUGACAAAAAGGAAUCAAACCAAUUAGUAUUGAUUUUUUUAGUCAGCCUGCACAGACAAUAGGAAGAAAAAUACAAGUCAUUGGGUUGGAUAUCGAAUUGUGCUGGUAAAUUAUCCAAUUUAACAUGGGGUUCUAUGGGGACUGACUCAAUUUUGGAGCCAGCCUCUGGUGGACACUUAAUGAACUGCACUUUUUUGCACUUCUACUCAAGAUUUCCCUUCCUCCCCACUGUUAGCUGUACAACCCUGUCUGUGAUGUGUUUUAAAGGAUGAUUCUGGAAAUUUUCAGGGAGUGAGAGUCUGGAAAUCAUCAGGAUUGGAUGUACAGAUGUAUGACAGAACCUGUAUAUUUAUACAUUUACAUAUCUGUAUAUUGAAUUUCCCUUCAGAGGUCAAUAAAGUUCUUCUUCUUCUUCUUCUUUGUUUAUUCUCCUUCCCUCAGAUUCUUGCAGGAGGCCAUGCCAGGCAGCCCAGAGAACAUCCCUCUGGGAGAGUGUACCCUCUCCCAGUCCAGGGACCAGCUGACACCUCCAAGUCGCACAGAGUCUACUGUGUUUAGCAUGUCCCGCAGCGAGUCCAUCUGGACCGCAGAGAACCCCCGUGAGGACAAAUGUGAGAUCUACUGGUUCCCCAUCCACCUCAUGUCCACAGGGGGCAGCUUCCUAGCAUGUGGCAUCAUCAUCAGCGGCCUAUACUUUGCUGGACACUGCAGGAAGGUUACCAACAUCCUGGGCCCUGCUCUGCUGUCUAUCGGGCUGAUGGUUUUUGUAGUGGGCGUGGUCCUGAUCCCAAUCACCAAGGAGAACAGGAAGCGGUCAAGUAUAAAGAAGCCGCUCACAUACUACAGGCCGCCCAUGUUCAACCUGUGAUGAACAAACUGGAUUUUAACAUCCUUUCUAGCAUGGAGCUUAUUGUUCAGACACUCUUUGUGGCGGCCUGUAAGUUUAUUUGUCUGAUUUUUUACAGGAUUGGGGCUUUUAUCUCAGUCCAACGUGUGCAUGAAAACGUCUGCAUAAUCACAGCUGCCAAAACAGAAAAAGAGGUGCAAGCAUAAGAAGACCACAGCAUGCUUCUUACUUACACACAAUUUAGUGAGAGCCUGCUGUUCUUAUGAAUAUUAAUGAUGAGAAAGUGGACUAGAGGGAUUCCCUAAUGCUGCGUGCUACACUAUAUGCCAAUUCAUGAAUUAUUAAAAGUUGUGAGAGC